AAUCCCGCCUUAACCUUGACGCUGUAGAAUUAUCUUUUAAGAUAAAACUUUCGAGGCUAAUUGCAACGCCAUGGCUCGUGUUCCCUUGCUGCUAGCUGUGGUCGUGUUGGUGGUGAUAGCGUGUCAAAGCCCUGUACAAGGAUCAUCGUUCACGCUCCAGGGGUUGGUAGCCUUGUUAAGGGGAGGAGUAAGGAUUGCUGACCAACUCACUGGUAUAAAUGGACAGGUGGAUCGCGGAAAUAACUGCGCCAUCAACUGGAACGUGAACAUCUACCCCGGCUUUAAAGUUCGCUGGAUGGGUGUCUGUGUGGACACGUGCACGGGGGUGACCAGCGUCUCCAAGAAAAAUUCCAGAAGUGGCGCUCUCGAGCAUUGCCUGGAAGAUAUUUACACGAAGAUGGCAAGAAGAGGCCUUCUCACCGGUUAAAGUAAUGUAGCGCGUCCGUCGGUCUUUUUCCUGUUCGUAACAGGCGUCCCGAAAACUGAACUAUUCAUUUUGCAAAUAUGGCUUCAUUUAUUUAAAAACUGUAUUCUGUUAUAUGAUUAUUUGUCUGUUCUGCAAAUACGUGCUUUACACAUUUUCAAAAUAAAUAAAUAAAUAAAAUUAUUGAUAUUUUUGACAAAACAUUUAGUUGUACAUCGUAAAGUGCAGAAACCGGGCAGAGAAGGCCUUGGAAUAGGAUUGUCCACCCCACACCCACCGGCUGCCAUUUUUUUUUUAAUUUUUUAAACAAUGUUUAUUCAUAGGAAAUGGAGGCAAAGCGCUAAAAGCAUUAGAUGCUCUCUAUGUAGAACAAAAUUAACGUACACAACUAAAUGCAAACAUUAAAGAUCAGAUUUCAGUAUUGGAACACAAAAGUUAGCAGAAAUAAUUAAAUACAGGAAGAAAGUGCCGUGUUAGUGUGGAUUUUUUUCUGAUCACACAAAUUAACUGUAAAUGUUUGCAUCAUCUGAUAAAUGCAGGGUGUUCUUAAAUAUUACCCUAAAAACGCCGAGCGGCCAGGCAAUAAUGUUCGCUCAAUCGUUUGCCAUCUAUUAAAGCGUAUGAAAAAUAAAAAGUUACCACUGAGAUUGGGUUCCCAUACCUAGAUCGAUCUAAC